AGAAGAAAGGAGGAGGCGAAUGUGUGACCCGGGAGGAGGAUAGGGCGAAGAGAGAGAGCAAUGCUAAAUCAAGGGUACAGUUAGGAGACACAGACACCCAGGGAAGGGAUAUUGGAAGGAGGUGUGUGUGCUUGUGACACAUAAGGGGCAAUCCAAGAAGGAUCAGGCUGAUUCUCCUCCCCAGGUAUCUCACAGCAGGUCGCACCAAUGAACAUGUCAGUGUUGACUUUGCAAGAAUACGAAUUCGAGAAGCAAUUUAACGAGAAUGAAGCCAUCCAGUGGAUGCAAGAAAACUGGAAGAAAUCAUUCCUGUUUUCAGCUAUGUAUGCUGCCUUUAUAUUUGGUGGUCGGCACUUAAUGAAACAGCGAGAAAAGUUUGAAUUAAGGAAGCCCCUUGUCUUGUGGUCUCUUAGUCUUGCAGUUUUCAGUAUGUUUGGUGCUGUUCGGACAGGUGCUUACAUGUUGUAUAUUUUGAUGACCAAAGGACUGAAGCAGUCUGUUUGUGACCAGAGUUUCUAUUAUGGACCAGUCAGCAAAUUCUGGGCAUAUGCCUUUGUACUUAGCAAAGCACCAGAGCUAGGAGACACUAUUUUUAUUAUUCUUAGGAAGCAGAAGCUCAUCUUUCUUCACUGGUAUCACCAUAUAACAGUGUUGCUAUACUCGUGGUACUCCUACAAGGAUAUGGUUGCUGGAGGUGGUUGGUUCAUGACAAUGAACUAUGGAGUCCAUGCUGUUAUGUAUUCUUACUAUGCCUUGCGAGCAGCUGGAUUUAGGGUUUCACGUAAAUUUGCCAUGCUGAUCACAUUGUCCCAGAUCACUCAAAUGCUUAUUGGUUGCGUGGUGAAUUACUUUGUCUUCUCCUGGAUGCAACAGGGACAAUGUCCGUCUCACGUACAAAACAUUGUGUGGUCCUCCAUCAUGUACCUCAGCUAUUUUGUACUCUUUUGCCAUUUCUUCUUUGAAGCCUAUAUCACCAAAACCAGGAAAGCUGCCAAGGCUGAUUAAUGGUGGAAUCCAAUGCCAAGUCAUAGCUCAGGGUCAUCAAAUGGUUAAAAUGAAAAAAAAUAAACAAGGUAAACACAAUUAUGAGCAAACAAAUUAUUUUAAAAAUGCACAAAGAAAACCAGAUCUCAAGAACUUAGAUGGUUGAGAAAGAAAAUCCCAGUAAGGUUGAAAUAACAUGAUAACUGUCUUAAUGAGUGAAGAUAUGAUGUGUUCGGCAUUAUAUCAAUAUAAUAACAAUGGAUGAACGCUGAUCUCUAUUAGUCAGCUCCAUUAACAAGUCAUCUGGAAACCGAGUAUUUGCUUAAUGGCCCCAAAUUACCAGUCUACAAUUUUAUUGGAAACAAUUAUUUUCUUUCUUUCUUUUUAUUUUUCAAUUCCAUGGAUCAAUAUAUCCAAUCUUAAAUAUGUGAUAUCAAGUAAGGUACAGUGAAGAUAAAUUAGUAUUUCUCCCCUAUUACGGUUGCGAGUUCUGGUUAUAGUGUUAUGAAUCUGACAAGUUAAUUAUAAAUUAUCCGUUUAAUUAAAGACUCAUUGACGAUGUGUUACCCUGUUUGGUUCCCUAUAAUAUGCAAAUUAAACCUCUUGGCCAAGAUGAUUGCUAUAGUAUUAACAUAAGACUUAGGUCGUUCUCCAUAUCUGCAAGAUCUUCUGUCGAGUGCAGGUGAACAAAAGACUUGCACAGCUGAUCUGAAUCAACAGCUGAGUUGAAAACACACAUAACAAAGCCUCGUCCCUCGCUACAGAACUACCUGUGGGCUCUAAUCAUGGACUGUAUGGAAGGUCAAACAGAAAAAAUAGUUUGAAAAGGGCUUAGUUUGGACAUCAAAAUGUUUUGCUUCGAAUGAUGUGGAACAAGAAAGCCUGGGAAAAAAGCCCAAUAUAGAUAUUAUUAUAUAAUUAUAUAAAUCCUAAAAUGUAACGUUUUCUACUUUUGUGAACUGUUUCCUUAUCAGAUUACUACUGCAGGGCUUUGUGCGUGAGUUGUUAACGCUAACACUGUGCUUUUUUUUUUGUAUUUGCUUCUGAAGCAGUACAGAGAUGGUUAAAGUGCCCUCUAGUGGUACAAGUAGAGAAUACAACUCACUAUAAUUUUGCUAUAUAUAUUUUUUUUUAACUGAAAUGGAUUAAUAUUUCCUGCUAUUCUCUUUUAAGCCACAGUCCAUGAGGCUUGUCUUAUUUCCAGUCUCCUGAACUUUUAUAUGUCCGUGAACUUUCAAAGCAGGUGAAAGAUACAAGCAAAAUAUAACCCUAACUGGGUUUGAAAGCACUCAACUCAUCGCAAGCCAUAUUCUUAUGAAGGUCGUAAUGUGUUUUGUCUAUAAUACCGAAGUCAAGAAAAGCCAAAUACAAUAUGUACAAUUUCCUAGUAUUUUAACAAAGCACUUAAUGUAUCUUGAUGUUAAAUGUUUUAAUGUAGUCUUCUUAAUUGUAUUAGUUAGAUAGUUUAAUAUAUUAGCAGAUUAUAAGAGGAACAUUAGACAAGAAGGGUAGAGGCUGCUAUUUUGUGUAACUAUACAGUAUACGUACUGUAAUGGCAAACAUAUAGGACACAUAUAGUUGUCAUUGUAGAGCCCUGUGAUGAAUAGAAGCACAUUUCCUGGCUAGUUUAAAAAAAAAAAAAAAUGUCUUUAAUUUUUUUUUGAAAAAAAAAAAAAAAAGAAAAGAAAUAAAAUACAAUGGGUUUCAUUUUUUUUUUUUUUAGCUUUAAUGGUGCUGCCAUUCAUGCUGCUUUUAUUUAAUUUUUUUGUUUCUUCAAUAUUUUUUUAAUUAGUUUCCAGGUAGAAACGCGGAGGCUGCUUAGUGUCUCAGUAUUGAGAAAUAAAAUACAAAAAAAAGAUAAUGCUAUGAUGUUUGUUUGAAUGUUCAUUCAGAAUGACAUGAAAGAUGAAAACUUGCAGAACGAAAUUGUUAUGACCAAUAAAGUUUACAUUUAUGUUAAGGUA